AUGGUUUGGAAAUUUGCCUUGUCCGUUUUCCUGAUGGCGGCGCUGGUUCGAGUAGCGGACGCCAGGAAAAACCGGCCCGCAGGUGCCAUCCCCUCCCCGUACAAAGGCAGCAGCGGCAACCACUCGGAGCGCAGGCAGCAGCUGAACAAGGAGGUGCUGGCCUCCAGCCAGGAGGCCCUGGUGGUCACCGAGAGGAAGUACCUCAAGAGCGACUGGUGCAAGACGCAGCCGCUGCGGCAGACUGUGAGCGAGGAGGGCUGCGUCAGCCGCACCAUCAUCAACCGCUUCUGCUACGGGCAGUGCAACUCCUUCUACAUCCCGCGGCACGUCAAAAAGGAGGAGGAGUCCUUCCAGUCCUGCGCUUUCUGCAAGCCGCACAAGGUCACCUCGUCCACCGUGCAGCUGGAGUGCCCCGAGCUGGACCCGCCCUUCCGACUCAAGAAAAUCCAGAAGGUCAAGCAGUGCCGGUGCAUGUCUGUGAAUCUGAACAGCUCGGGCAAACUGUGAGAACAGGCGCAUAGCUGCUGCUUGGUGUUGCUUCCAUCAGCUUUACUGCUGCCUCUCCUCUCCCACUGAGCAGACUGUCCAUUUCGUUGGUUUGUUUCUUCUUUUCCAUUUUUUUUGGUGUUUUGUUUUUCUUUCAGGAGGCAUCUCUCCAGCAAGGAAAGACUCCUUGUCACUUGCCUACUGGAAUAAUGCUUUUUAACCGGCUGUGUUAGGCACUUCACCAUAAAGUUUCAUUGUAUUUUGAAUAUCAUCUGGCAGUUGAAUCUUCUGGAGUGGAGCAGGCUCACAGAAGUUGGGAUUGAUCAUCUAAGUGACCAGUUGGCUGAAUCCAGCAUUAAAUGUUUCCACUGUGUGGAGUAAAGCCCUCUGCCCUACACUCCAGUUCCCUCCACAAGUUGAGAACGCCUUCCCUGUGCUUUGAUCUGGAGCUUGCUUCUCUCACUCAGAAAUGCUGGGGUUCUGCCCAGGACUGGGGGAUACAGAUGAGGGAGAGUAAUGAGGAGUAAUGUGUGAAAAGCAAGUGAGACUCUGAUGAGGCUCCUCUCCUUAAGACGGCUUCAAUUGUGCAAUGACAAAUGGCUCUGGGUUUGUUGUUUGAACGGCAGAUCAGAAGCAAGGGGAAGAGGGUGAGGCGCUGGGUGAGCCACGGUGACCGCAGAGCAGACUGAGGGUGGGUUCUGAUGCUGUUGUGGUUAGAGUAUAUU